CACAAACAGGAUAGGGGACAGGACGCAGCCUUGGCGGAGACCAGUGCGAACACUGAAUGGUUUCGAUACGUUUAUACUGUUCGGAUCAAGCGCGUGCUUCAAAAGAAUGAAGAGGUUGGGAAAAUGAACACUACUGUGCCUGUAUUGAUUGGCAGAGCAGUGGAGUUCUUUCUGGAACAACUUCUGCAAAGAGCUGCACGGUUAGCGUUGUGCAAUAACGCGAAGACGCUCAGCCCCAAUCAUUUCAAAGCCGAAGAUUCCACUUCAUUUCGAAAACGACUGAAAGUUGAAAAUUCGGUGAGUGGUUCAACGGUUCGUCACAAACGUUCAAAGUAA